AUGCGACAGUUUCGUGUAGGAGUUCAAAAAGAAACUAUCAAAGCUUUUAAAGAGCUCGGUUAUACUCAUGCAGAAACUAAAAAACUUAUUGCGCUUGACGGUCCAAAAAUAGCAGCAGAAAUUGAGAAAGCAAAGUUUUAUAAAGAUGCUUCUGCGUUGGCUCGAGAAGUUGUGGCUGAAAAGCAGGAAAUUCCCACCAUUGAAGUAGUUAAUAUGGACUGUCUUCUUGAGGCAUUAAGACUAAAGAAGCUUGGCUUUAACCCUUUAGUAUUGAACAUGGCGUCAAAUACAAAUGUUGGGGGUGGUUAUAAGACUGGUGCAGGAGCGCAGGAAGAAAACCUAUUUCGUCGUACAAAUCUUUUUGAAUAUCAUGAACCUAAAAAAAAUGAAUGGUAUCCUAUUCCUGAAUCUGGUGGUAUUUAUUGUCCUAACGCGACAGUCAUAAGAUCUAGUGAAGAAGAUAAAUACUCAUUCUUGGAAGUUCCCGAAAAGAUGUCGUUUGUGGCUGUAGCUGCUUUACGUCGUCCAAAAAUCAUUUCAAAUCCUUCUGGUGAGCAUACGAUUCAUCCUGAAGCGAAGACCAAAACUCGUAAAAAGAUUCAAGCGAUUUUAAAUAUAGGUUUAGAAAAUGGCGCAUAUCGAAAUCCUCCGAAUGUUAUUGCGCAACUAUUUUACGAGGUGAUCUCAGCAGAGUACGCUGGUGGAGGAGAGAAUUUACCACGGACUUAUCGACAUAUAUCUUUUGCCAUCAUUGACGAUCAUAAUGCUAAUAAGAAACAUAACACGGAGGGCAAUUAUAUACCAUUUCAACGAAGAUUUGCUAACGGAAUUAUUGUUAAAUCUCAUUCACAUAUACAAAACGAAACGCAGAUAAGUGAGGAAGGACGCAAUUCAACAUCAUCGCAUUCUAAUGAUGAAGAGAUGAAAUGA